AUGGAUCAGAAAAAGCUAUGUAUUGCCAGCCUAGGCAGCUCAUUCGCUGCCGGGCCUGACAUCCCCCCACAAAUCAAGCCUCUUGCCGCGAUGCGAUCAGGACAGAACUACCCUCACCUCCUAGCCCAACGAUUAAACGCUGAACUCAACGAUCUCUCAGUCUCUGGUGCAACUCUGCUCAACAUAACAGUCGAACCCCAAUCUGCGCCAUUCUCUGAUCAUAUCUUUUUGCCACAAAUAUCAGACCUACCCAGCAAUGCCGAUAUCAUCACGGUCACAGCAGGAGGAAAUGACAUAAAUUAUAUUGGAGGCAUGAUCUCCGAUGCUUGCGGUGCUCCGAUGCAAUUACCAGAUCCGUUGACAAUUGAUCAAUUGGCGCAAAGAUUGGGCGGGGUUCUCGAUGAACUACAUAAACGGGCUCCAGGCGCCCGUAUCUACCUUGUCGAAUACCUCGCUAUUCUUGGACCCGACACACGGCCUGAUCAGGAUAUUCCCUUGGGUCGAGAAAGAAUCACACACCACAGUGGAAUUGCAUCUCUCCUCCAACGUGCAUAUUUGGCUGCAGUUGAAAGGCGAGGUGAUUGGUGUGAAAGAGUCCCGAUUCAUGAACUUAGCCUUGGACACGCACUCGGGAGCAAAGAACCUUGGGUCGGAGGGUUUGACGGUGGGCCGCUUCUUCACCCGAACCUUGCUGGCAUGAAGGCAGUAGCAGAUAUUUUAUAUGAGAGGAUUUGCAUUAACUCUAAGGCACUGCUCUGA